AUGCCCCAAGAAGUUAUAGCAAAAAAGAUUAAAUUUUUAUCAUGUAACUCUUCCUAUGAUCCCAAAUAUCAAAAAUAUCAUUAUUUUCAAAUAAAUGAUGGCGUUAUAGAUUUAAAAGUGAAUUUGCUGUCGACACUGAAUUACUUUAUUGGUGGCGAACUAUCUUUGGCUAUGUGGCAAAAUAAGCAAAAAAACUUUCGCACCCUGCUGGAGUAUGAUGUCAAUGUUUGUCGUGCGUUUGAGAAACCAGAGGGCAAAAUAAUUAUUGGCUUAAUGGAUUUUUUCUUUCGUGAGAGUAAUAUGCCCAAAAAAUGCCCGAUUGCAAAGGGCAAUUACACUUGGCGCCUUACUCCCGAUAGUCUUAUCCUACCACCUUUUGUCAUGUCCACCAAGCAUCAGCUGGUGAUCAAAUUUUACCAGCGGCAAAAGUCCAAAAAGGAAUACAUAUCGAAUGACACUAUCUUCUUUCAAAUAUCUUAA